CCCGGCGGGGGAGCCGUGCGGCAGCCAGGCCAGCUUCAUGCAGCGGCAGUUCGGCGCGCUCCUGCAGCCCGGCGUCAACAAGUUCUCGCUGCGGAUGUUCGGCAGCCAGAAGGCCGUGGAGCGCGAGCAGGAGCGCGUGAAGUCGGCGGGGGCCUGGAUCAUCCACCCGUACAGCGACUUCAGGUUCUACUGGGACUUCACCAUGCUCCUCUUCAUGGUGGGCAACCUCAUCAUAAUCCCGGUGGGCAUCACCUUCUUCAAGGAUGAGACCACGGCGCCGUGGAUCGUGUUCAACGUGGUCUCGGACACGUUCUUCCUCAUGGAUCUGGUGCUGAACUUCCGCACGGGCAUCGUGAUCGAGGACAACACGGAGAUCAUCCUGGACCCUGAGAAGAUCAAGAGGAAGUACCUGCGCACGUGGUUCGUCGUGGACUUCGUGUCCUCCAUCCCCGUGGACUACAUCUUUCUCAUCGUGGAGAAGGGCAUCGACUCCGAGGUCUACAAGACGGCGCGCGCCCUGCGCAUCGUGCGCUUCACCAAGAUCCUCAGCCUGCUGCGCCUCCUGCGCCUGUCGCGCCUCAUCCGCUACAUCCACCAGUGGGAGGAGAUCUUCCACAUGACCUACGAUCUGGCAAGCGCAGUGAUGCGCAUCUGCAACCUUAUCAGCAUGAUGUUGCUGCUGUGCCACUGGGACGGCUGCCUGCAGUUCCUGGUGCCCAUGCUGCAGGACUUCCCGCGCAACUGCUGGGUGUCCAUCAACGGCAUGGUGAACCACUCGUGGAGCGAGCUCUACUCCUUCGCGCUCUUCAAGGCGAUGAGCCACAUGCUCUGCAUCGGGUACGGGCGCCAGGCGCCCGAGAGCAUGACGGACAUUUGGCUGACGAUGCUCAGCAUGAUCGUGGGCGCCACCUGCUACGCCAUGUUCAUUGGCCAUGCCACCGCCCUUAUCCAGUCGCUGGACUCCUCGCGGCGCCAGUACCAGGAGAAGUACAAACAAGUGGAGCAGUACAUGUCCUUCCACAAGCUGCCCGCCGACUUCCGCCAGAAGAUCCACGACUACUACGAGCACCGCUACCAGGGCAAGAUGUUCGACGAGGAGAGCAUCCUGGGCGAGCUGAGCGGGCCCCUGCGGGAGGAGAUCGUCAACUUCAACUGCCGGAAGCUGGUGGCCUCGAUGCCGCUGUUUGCCAACGCCGACCCCAACUUCGUCACGGCCAUGCUGACCAAGCUUAAAUUCGAGGUCUUCCAGCCGGGCGACUACAUCAUCCGCGAGGGCACCGUAGGGAAGAAGAUGUACUUCAUCCAGCACGGUGUGGUCAGCGUGCUCACCAAGGGCAACAAGGAGAUGAAGCUGUCCGACGGCUCCUACUUCGGGGAGAUCUGCCUGCUGACGCGGGGCCGGCGCACGGCCAGCGUGCGGGCUGACACCUACUGCCGCCUGUACUCGCUGAGUGUGGACCACUUCAACGAGGUCCUGGAGGAGUACCCCAUGAUGCGGCGGGCCUUCGAGACCGUGGCCAUCGACCGCCUGGACCGCAUCGGCAAGAAGAACUCGCUGCUGCUGCACAAGGUGCAGCACGACCUGAGCUCGGGCGUGUUCAACAACCAGGAGAACGCCAUCAUCCAGGAGAUCGUCAAGUACGACCGCCAGAUGGCGCAGCAGGCGGAGCUGGGCCCGCGCGGCCUCCUCGCGCCGCCGCCGCCGCCGGCCACCUCGGCCAUCGCCACGCUGCAGCAGGCCCCGAGGCCGCAGCGCCCCCUGCGCCCCCUGCGCCCCCACGCCCACUAA